CUUCAUCCUUUUCCCACCUGAAACAGGAAUGGUGGGCCGGAGUAAUACCAGAGCAGUAGAAGACGAAGAAAACAUGUCAGGGCACAAAUGCAGCUAUCCCUGGGACAUGCAGGGUCGAUAUGCUCAAGAUAAGUCAGUUGUAAAUAAGAUGCAGCAGAAGUACUGGGAAACAAAACAGGCUUUUAUUAAAGCCACUGGGAAGAAGGAAGAUGAACAUGUCGUUGCAUCUGAUGCAGAUCUGGAUGCCAAACUGGAGCUCUUUCACUCAAUUCAGAGAACCUGUUUGGAUUUAUCUAAAGCAAUUGUACUCUAUCAAAAGAGAAUAUGUUUCUUGUCUCAAGAAGAAAAUGAACUAGGAAAAUUUCUUCGAUCCCAAGGCAUCCAAGAUAAAACGAGAGCAGGAAAAAUGAUGCAAGCCACAGGAAAGGCACUCUGUUUUUCUUCCCAACAAAGGUUGGCCUUGAGAAAUCCUUUGUGUCGUUUUCACCAAGAAGUGGAGACUUUUCGGCAUCGGGCCAUUUCAGACACUUGGCUGACUGUGAACCGCAUGGAACAGUGCCGAACUGAAUACAGAGGGGCAUUAUUAUGGAUGAAGGAUGUGUCACAGGAGCUUGAUCCAGACCUCUACAAACAAAUGGAGAAAUUUAGAAAGGUUCAAACACAAGUCCGCCUUGCAAAGAAAAGCUUUGACAAAUUGAAGAUGGAUGUAUGUCAAAAAGUGGAUCUUCUUGGAGCAAGCAGAUGCAAUCUCUUGUCUCAUAUGUUAGCAACGUACCAGACCACUUUACUUCAUUUCUGGGAGAAAACUUCUCACACUAUGGCAGCCAUCCACGAGAGCUUUAGGGGUUAUCAGCCAUAUGAAUUCACUACAUUAAAGAGCUUACAAGAUCCUAUGAAAAAACUGGUUGAGAAAGAAGAAAAGAAGAAGAUCACCCAGCAGAAAAGUGCAGAGGUCACAGCAGAAGAGCCAAGUCAGUUAAUUUCAUUAGGAGCGAUGAAAAUCAGCCAUAAAGAAUCCUCAAGUUUUAAAACUGAAGAUGGAAAAAGUGUUUUCUCUGCCUUAGACAAAAGCUUAACACCUAAUGCAUGCUCAGAUGAACUUUUAGACAUGAAACCUGAGGAAGGCGCUUGCUUGGAUCUAAUGGCAGAGAUGCCAGAACCUGAAGGUGCUGAUAAAGAUGACCUGCAGCUGCUGAAUGAGAUCUUCAGUGCCUCCUCACUGGAAGAGGGAGAGUUCAGCAAGGAGUGGGCUGCUGUGUUUGGAGAAGGUCGGCCAAUGGAGCCAGUGUCCACUGGGGCCCAGGGAGAGCCAGAGCUCAAGGCCCCAGCAGCCUCAGGAUUCCUUCCUUCACAGCUUUUAGACCAAAAUAUGAAAGACUUACAGGCUUCUCUACAAGAGCCUGCCAAAGCCACCUCAGACCUGACUGCUUGGUUCAACCUCUUCGCUGACCUCGACCCACUAUCAAAUCCUGAUGCUAUUGGGAAAACUGAUAAAGAACAUGAGUUACUCAAUGCAUGAGCCUGCAGCUUAGGAAGGAGCUUCCUCCCCUGCUUACAGGCCUGUGAAGCUAUCAGUCCAUUGUUGAAAUAUUUCUGUGCCAUUUUAAUAAAGUGGAAGGGUGAAAGGC